GCGAGGUUAAAUCUCGCCGCCACAUGUGCCCGAGCAGGUUGUUUGCACAGGUCAAUCCGCCGGGCGGCCGCCGCGAGCGCUUCUCAGCUGUUCUUGGCGCGGUGCGCAAGAUCCACCCGCCGGGAGUAAGGAACGGAGAUCUGCCUUCUCCUUACUUGACUUUUUGUUUCAGCCGAAAGCAGUCGAUUGACUCGAACAGCAGGGCUAUAAUGACUUUGCUGCACUUGCACCUCUAUGUCACUGGCUUGGUCUUCUGGAUUACGCAGAAAUCCAGCUCUUUGGUGCUGCCCAACGCCACCGAGCUCCUGCAGCCGCCCGACGGCGGAGCGACCGGCCUCGUGCCGGGCAUCGGGGUGCCCAGGAGCCGGCGCAGGCGCUACAUCUCCCCCCGGGACAUGAGCGCGAUUUUGGACUACCACAACCAAUCCAUCCUGAGCUGCAAAAGCCACAGUUUGCAGAGGUACCGCUCCCUCGUGGAUUUGGUGAAAUCGUGGCAUUACGAGAAGCAGCACUACUCCUUCCCCCACCCGCGGGAGUGCCGCCCCCGCUGCCCCUCCAAAUGCAGCGCCUCCAUGGUGUGGGCGUCCUCCAACAGGCUGGGCUGCGCCGUCAACACCUGCGCCAACGUGAGGGUGUGGGGCAGCACGUGGCGCCGGGCCGUGCUCCUCGUGUGCAACUACGCCGUCAAAGCUGUCGUCAUCCCGCCGUUACCCUCUGGGGACGGGUCAAACGCGCACGUGCUGCGGCUUCCCCGCAAGGGCAAGGGGCUGGCGCUGGCACCGUCCUGUGCAACCUGGGGAAGCCUGAGCCCGACAGCAGGCAUGAGGCCCCUGGAGACACGGUCUCACAGUUGUGAUGGCUUCUCUUCAGGUCCCCAGCCCCGUAAGGGUGCUCAGCUGCACUCUGUCGUUCUCCGGAGGAGAGGCCGGGGCUGCCUCCGCCACCGUCAGCCCGACUCCACACCUCCGCGUCAUCGCUUUGCUUCGGGGCCCAAAAUGCCCCCCUGCACGGCCCCGUGGUGCGGCUGCGUCCGGACACGGUGCAUGUCCGUGGGCACCGCUCCUUUCCGUGGGUCCGACGGCGACGGGCGCAGCUUGCUGCUGGAUGCUCCCGUCAGCCCGGCAGCCGGUGUCGCGGGGCCGCACGGAGCCAAGCGAGGAGCAGAGUGCUACAGUAGAGCAGGAGAAAUAAGGCGGUUACAAAACGCAUAG